ACUCAGGAAGGACAUCUAAAGAGCUGCACAACAUCUGAAACUGUGCCUGAAGGAGUGCCUGACGAGCCCAGUUGGAUGAAAGCUGCACAUUCUGGGGGCUUCCUGGUGCUGCCGUGGCCCGGUGGCGGCGGCAGCUCAGACCCGGCCCAGGGAGAGGAAAGUCAGGGCUGCCUGAUGCUGAGAUCUGGAGCUCUGCUGGGAGUCACGCUGAUCUGCGUGGCGGUGUUGAGGAAGUGGAUCGCAGGUGGAGUUUGUCGCUGUUCGGUUCGUCUGGAUGGGAGAACAGUUGUGAUCACUGGAGCAAACGCUGGCAUCGGCAAAGAGACGAGCAGAGAUCUGGCACGCCGAGGAGCCCGGGUAGUGAUGGCGUGCAGGGACCUGACCCGGGCAGAACGGGCGGCUGAGGAAAUCCGCCGGUCGACAGGAAACGGUAACGUGGUGAUCAGACACCUGGACCUCGCUUCCACGUACUCCAUUAGACAGUUUGCUAAAGACUUCCUGGACAGCGAAGAAAGGCUGGACAUCCUCAUCAACAAUGCAGGAGUGAUGAUGUGUCCAAAACAGCUGACCGAGGACAACUUUGAGACACAGCUGGCGGUCAACCAUCUGGGUCACUUCCUGCUCACCAAUCUGCUGCUGCCGAAGCUGAAGAGCUCCUCCCCCAGCCGUGUGGUCAACGUGUCCUCCAUUGCCCACCGUGGAGGUCGUAUUGACUUUGACGAUCUGUUCUUCAGCCGGAGGCCGUACGGCGCUCUGGAGAGCUACAGACAGAGCAAACUGGCUAACAUCCUGUUCUCCAGAGAGCUGGCCCGACGUCUCUCAGGCUCUGGUGUGUCGUCGUUCUCUCUUCACCCAGGCGUGAUCCGGACCGAGCUGGGUCGCCAUGUGGAGGGUUGGUUCCCCCUGGUCGGGCUGCUGCUGAAGCUCCCAUCCCUGCUGCUCAUGAAGACUCCGUGGGAGGGCUGCCAAACCAGCCUGUACUGCGCUGUGACGCCGGGCCUGGAGGAGCUGUCUGGAUGCUACUUCAGCGACUGUGCAGAGAAAGAAACUGCUCCAGAGGGACAGGACGAUGUGGUGGCAAGAAAACUGUGGGAGGUGAGCACACGUCUGGUCGGACUGAAGAACACCUGCUGACCUUUAACCUCUGACACACGAAGCAAUGGAGCUGCAGACUGCGGACAAAUGAGGACAGAAACAAACAGAUUUACCUCUUGUAGAGACAAAUGAAGCUCUGUGUUGUUGCCCCGUUUGAGUCCCAGAUGUUCCAGCUGCUGAUAUUUGUCCUGUCCUCCAGAACCUGGACUCUCAUGUGCAACAUAAACCUCCAUGUCCCCCGACUGUCCCCUCGCUGUCCCUCACUGCUCCCUAAAUAUUUCCUGACUUUUCCUUCGUUUUUUCUCCAUUGUAUGUUUAUUAUUCCAUCACGUAUCUUCAUGCUUUCCUCUUUUGAUGCUUUCGCUGACUUCCUGUGUCCUCCUCUUUACUGGUUGCUGAUGUGUGGAGUUCAGCUGUGUGGACGUGAAGCUUUGGGUGUUAUUAAAGACAGUUUGACUGUUUCUAUACUCUGUGUGUGUUUGAUAGAUUCAGUAAUAAUAAAUCCAGAAUGCUCUGUG